CCUCUUGAUCCUUGUAAUUUUAAAAAGAAAAAAAGCUUAUUACCAAGAAAAAAAAAAUCCCUAUGACCCAUAAAUCAAUAAAUAAACUUGGAUAAAUUUCAGACCAAGUUGGGCCCAACUUUUAAGUGAAAAAAACUGACUGGGCUAUUGAUCUUUCUUUCCAGACCAUUGGGCUGAGGUUCCUCCUCAUUUUUAAAGAUCGGCCCAAAAUCCCUAAGGCUGACGUCGGAGGAGGAGGAGGAGGACGGUGAGGAGGUUGGAGAGAGCAUUUAUUCGAGUCUGCGCACAGUAGGUGGCAACAGAAAAAUGGCGGGAAAACUUGGCGCCAUUGAGCGGGAAACGCCAUUGUUCGCGACUCUCUCUCUAUUUAAACAAACUCCGUCUUCCCAUUUGCCCCCAAAAUUCGGUCAUUGCCAAUACCCGCCACAUUGCCGCCGCUGUCUCUGGCAAGCUCUCAGAAUGGCCCAGCAAGACGCGCAGAACGGAAGCCACGAAGUCAAAGAGCCAACUCCCAAGAUCGCCAAGCUUCACGAAAACGGCGACGUUUCUGGAAAUGCCGCCCAUUUUUUCCGGGUGAAGAAGCUCUCGGAAAAGGCGGUUUUGCCCGCGAGAGGCUCGCCUCACUCUGCAGGCUACGAUCUCUCGAGCGCGACGGAGACGAAAGUUCCGGCCAGAGGAAAAGCCCUGGUCCCAACCGAUCUGAGCAUAGCAGUCCCUGAAGGGACCUACGCACGAAUUGCGCCACGAUCGGGGCUGGCAUGGAAGCACUCGAUCGAUGUCGGAGCUGGUGUCAUCGAUGCUGAUUACAGGGGUCCGGUUGGGGUUGUGCUGUUCAACUUUUCUGAUGUUGAUUUUGAGAUCAAGGAGGGUGAUAGGAUUGCUCAGCUGAUCAUUGAGAAGAUCAUCACCCCUGAUGUUGUGGAGGUUGAGGAUUUGGAUUCCACUGCCAGAGGUGCCGGAGGGUUUGGGUCUACCGGUGUUUAGACCGCUCUGCCGAUGUUGCUUCGCUGUGUUUUGGGAUCGGGGACUUGGGUGACAAUGUAGUUGGUUGGUUUGUUUCAGUCAUAGGUGACUGGUCUACUUUCUUGUUAUGCAAAUAUAUUCAGUGAAUGAAUGAGUAACUGGUUUUAUUUUGUA